GCUCCGGGCGCGGCGCGCCCGCUUGCCGGCGCCGCCCGGCGCGGCCCCACCCCCGCCCCGCGGUGCCGGCGGCGGCCAUGCUGCGGCCCAAGGCCCUGACGCAGGUGCUCAGCCAGGCCAACACCGGCGGCGUCCAGAGCACGCUGCUGCUGAACAAUGAGGGCUCCUUGCUUGCCUACUCGGGCUAUGGGGACACCGAUGCCAGGGUCACUGCGGCCAUCGCCAGCAACAUCUGGGUGGCCUACGACAAGAAUGGGCACCAGGCCUUCAAUGAGGACAACCUCAAAUUCAUCCUCAUGGACUGUAUGGAGGGGCGAGUGGCCAUCACACGGGUGGCAAACCUGCUGCUCUGCAUGUACGCCAAGGAGACGGUCGGAUUUGGGAUGCUGAAAGCCAAGGCACAGGCGCUGGUCCAGUACCUGGAGGAGCCGCUCACACAGGUGGCUGCAUCGUGAGCAGGCAGUGAGGGCUCUGAGGUGCCACUGAGCCCUGACACCAUCACUGGCGUGGGUUGGGCACGAGUGGCCCCACGGGCAUCCUGGAGUUCCAGUGUGCUCUUAAAAAUAAGGUGUCAGGAAUACAAAAGCUGCGGGGAAUAAACGUGUGUUUGAUGCUUG